CUCGACUCGGCGCAGCUCCACUGCUGCAGUCAGGGCAUCAAUUUUGUAUAGGCGCUGAGCAGGAGCACUUGCUAGCACCAGGCCCUGCUCUCCUCUUCCAUUCCCUUCAUCCCUCCAUCCUCCUCCUCCUCCUCCUCCGCCGCUGCUGCUGCUCUCUCCUCCGCUUGGUCUGCCAGCCUGCUGCUGCUGCUGCUCUCGCUCCUGCUGGCCAUGGAGAGCGGCUCCAUCCGCCUCUGAGCCAUGGAGCCGCAGCCCAGCCUGAGUGUACAUGCAGCAUGUCUGCGUCUGAUUCCAGUGCAGCGCUUCUUAGUGGCAAGGGUUCGGCUGAUUCCUACACGAGUAGACCCUCGGAUUCCGACCUGUCCCUGGAGGAGGAUAAGGAGGCGUCUCGGCGGGAAGCCGAGCGCCAGGCCCUGCUGCAGCUCGAGAGAGCCAAGACCAAACCUGUGGCUUUUGCAGUGAAAACCAAUGUCAGCUACUGUGGGGCCUUAGAUGAGGACUGUCCUGUGCAGGGCGCUGCCAUCAACUUCGAAACCAAAGACUUUCUACACAUAAAAGAGAAGUACAGCAAUGACUGGUGGAUCGGACGGCUGGUGAAGGAGGGGGCUGAUAUCAGCUUCAUCCCCAGCCCUGUUAAACUGGAGGCCAUGCGCCUCAAACAGGAACUGAAAGCUGCACAGAGAAAACCAGGAGGAAGACCCACACCUCCAUCUUCAGCUAAACAGAAGCAGAAGCAGACGGAACAUGUUCCACCGUAUGAUGUCGUACCGUCCAUGAGGCCAGUGGUGCUGGUUGGGCCCUCACUGAAAGGAUAUGAGGUGACAGAUAUGAUGCAGAAAGCACUGUUUGACUUCCUCAAGCACAGGUUUGAUGGAAGAAUCUCGAUCACACGAGUGACUGCGGAUCUGUCUCUAGCCAAGAGGUCUGUGCUAAAUAAGAAAGCCAUUAUGGAAAGGUCCAACACACGCUCCAGUUUAGCGGAGGUUCAGAGUGAGAUAGAGAGGAUAUUUGAGUUGGCGAAGUCUUUACAGUUGGUGGUAUUAGAUGCAGACACAAUUAACCAUCCAGCACAACUGUCCAAAACAUCACUCGCCCCCAUCAUCGUCUAUGUGAAGGUGUCAUCACCCAAGGUCCUCCAAAGACUCAUCAAAUCCAGAGGAAAGUCUCAAAGCAAACACCUGAAUGUGCAGAUGAUGGCAGGAGAUAAACUCGCCCAGUGCCCACCGGAAAUGUUUGAUGUCAUCCUGGAUGAGAAUCAGCUGGAGGAUGCAUGUGAACACCUGGCUGAGUAUCUGGACAUUUACUGGCGUGCUACCCACCUACCAGGUUCAGCUCCUGUGAACCCUCUACUGGAGCAGAACGUGGUGACACCACCCUCGGCUAACUCCAGCCAACAGUUCUCUGAGACUCAAGAGUUGAUUGAAUGAGUGUUACUACAGAUCUGGCUUGUUCUAAGAUUCGUCAGAGGGGCACAGAUUGUUCUGAAGCCCCUCCCAGUCCAUCUCUCAGAGGCCAGCCACUCUCUGCCCCUGAGCGGGAGGAGCUCAGAGCAGCUGCCCCCUGAGGAAGAGGAAGAGGAGUAGGAGGAGGAGAAGGAGGAGGAGGAGGUUAGAAGAAGAAGAAUAGAGGAGGAUAAAUAAGGAAGGGGACCAACCCCACCGUCCUGAGCACACAGGAGGUGCAGCUUAACGCCCACCCAGCACAGCCACACGUGCCAGCCGCUACGUCUCAGGACCGCUCCGCUGCAGCACAAUACACACACACACACACACACACACACACACACACACACAUACACACACACAACUGAGAUACACAAUACCUGCCAGCACAUCUUUACAGACUACAUACAGUCUAUGUCAAAAAGUGUCCAGACAGUCCUUUUAAUUAGCGGACCAGUAGACUAUUUAAAGCCCACUCAGUGCUGACACAGGGGUUAAACUGCACACACAUAACUGUGUAAUAUCUACAGAAAAGCAUUGCCUGUAGAAACACUCUAUAGAUCUUUUUUUAUGCAAUGCAAAGCAUCAGCAUGAAGUGGAGUGAUGCUCAGUGGCAUUGGAUUGUGGAGAAUCAC